AUGGUUCUUCUCAACACCGCUUUAAAGUUUCAAUUGCGUAUGCAAAUAUUGUCGCUGGGCGGCCACUUGGCAGUCACAGUCACCGCACUCGCUGAUCCUGCGCCAUUGUUCUGCGAUUGGGCUCCAGAGUGGACCGACCUCGCAUUGCUACCUGCUUUAAGAUUAGGACCGCCGCCAUGUUCGCCCGACACGAAACACCUGAUAGAUUCGGUCACAGACUGCCCGUUCGAAAGCUUGCGACUUAUGAAAUUCGCCAACGUAAAGUCUCUGGCGCGGUCCACCGCCGCCGUGCGAGCUCUCGUUCGUUUCAAACUCAGUUCAGAAGAGAUGAGGGAAUUGAUCGCGCGUGCGCGCAGCGGCGGCGACCCGGACGCGAUAGCGAUGGAGUUUCUGAACGCGCAUCCUAAGAAAGAGCGGCGCGGCGAAGUGCGCGUGGUCGUGAUGGUGCCCAGCGUGACGGCGCGCGAGGCGUACCAGGCGCCGCAGCUGGCGGCCGCCGCCGAGCUCGUGGAGGCCGACCUCGAGGCGGCCGGCGUGCCGCGCACCGCGCGCCUCAAGGUGGAGCUGUUCGACGACAAGUGCGACGUGCGUCAGGCGUACAAGUACAUGCUGAACGCGCUAGGCACGGGCGAGUACGGCGCGCUGUCGGCGGUGGCGGGGCCGGCGUGCGGCGGCGCGUUCGCGGCGGUGGCGCGCCAGAGCCCGGCGCAGCUGCUGCCCGUGCUGGCGUACUCGGCGCAGGCGCCGGCGCCGGGCGACGCGCCGGCCGCCGCGCUGCUGGCGGCGGGCGACGCGCGCGACGCGGCUGCCGCGCUGGACGCGCUGGCGCGCCGCCUGGCCUGGCGCCGCGCCGCCGCGCUCAGCGAGCCGGCCGCGCGCGCCGCGCUCGACCCCUCGCGCCUGCACCUCGCGCUCGAGGUGCACCUCGACCUGCCCGACCCGCUGCCAGACGACGACGGACAGAUAUUCAUUGAGUGGGCGCGGCGCGUGGCGGCGGCGGGCCUGCGCGUGGUGGUGGUGAGCGCGGAGGACGCGCGCGUGGUGCGCGCCGCGCUGUGCGCCGGGCGCGGCGCCGGCCUGCUGCCGGGCGCGGGCGCCGCCUGGCUGCUGCCGGCCGCGCUGCCGCCCGCCUGGCUGGCGCCCGCGCCCGCCGACCGGCCCGCCUGCACGCUCGCGCAGCUGCGCCAGGUCGCGCAGGGCCACCUCAGCUUCGCGCCCUACUGGCUCGCCGCCUGGCGCAACGAGACCGACCGCUCCUCCAACCCGCUUCCCGCACCACACGAAAUAGCGCAGCGGCAGAGCUGGGAGGCGCGAUGGCACCCGCGGUGCUCGGCGUGGGCUCGGCGAGGCGGCGGCGCGGCGGGCGGCGCGGCGGACUGCGCGCGUGCCGGCCCGCUGCCCGCGCUGCUGUACGACACGCUGCGCCUGUGGGCCGGCGCGCUCGACCGCGUGCUGUCCGCGCGCCCCGCGCUGCUCGCCGACCUGCACGACCCUGAUAUCGUCCGGAGCCUCGUGGACAACGCAACGCAGAGCAACUUCAGCGGUCUGACAGGAGAGUUCUCGUGGGCGCGGGAGGGCGCGGGCGCUUGGCGCGUGUCGCCGCUGGUGCUGCUGCAGUGGGAGGACGGGGCGCGGCGCGAGGUGGCGCGCUGGCGGCGCGGCGCCCCGCUGCGGCUGGCAGCGCCGCGCUGGCACACGCCGGACGGUGCGCCGCCCAGCGACGGUGGCGACGAGCGCUGCGCGCUGCGUCCGCUCGCCGAGCUGCUGCGCGCCGACUGCCGUGCCGCCGCCGUGGCGCUCGCGGCGCUGCUGCUGGUGCUGGCCAUGGCCGUGCUGGCCGCCGCCGCGCUGCACUGCAAGCGCCGCGCCGAGCGCGACUACAUGGCGCGGCUCGCCGCACUCUCGCUGCGCUCGCUGCCCGCCAAGGCCGACGGGCUCGACCGCUGGGAGGUGCCGCGUGAGCGCGUCGUCAUCAACCGCAAGCUCGGCAUGGGCGCCUUCGGCACCGUGUACGGCGGACACGCCCUCCUUGCCGAGGACCGCGGCUGGACCGCAGUCGCCGUCAAGACGCUCAAGGCGGGUGCAACCACCGAGGAGAAACUCGACUUCCUGUCGGAGGCGGAGGCGAUGAAACGCUUCGAUCACAAGAACAUCGUACGGCUUCUCGGCGUCGUGACGAAAACGGAACCGGUGUGCACCGUGAUGGAGUUCAUGCUGUACGGGGACCUGAAGAACUAUCUGCUGGCGCGGCGGCACCUGGCCGGUGGCGCACUGGUGGACGCGGAGCCGGACGAGGGCGCAGACGAGGUGUCGCCGCGCCGGCUCACGGCCAUGGCGCUGGACGCGGCGCGCGCGCUGGCCUACCUGGCGCAGUUGCGCUACGUGCACCGCGACGUGGCCGCGCGCAACUGCCUCGUGUCCGCGCGCCGCGUGCUCAAGCUCGCCGACUUCGGCAUGACUCGGCUCGUCUUCGAGAACGACUACUACCGUUUCAGUCGCAAGGGCAUGCUGCCGGUGCGCUGGAUGGCGCCGGAGAGUUUGACCCUGGGAGUGUUUUCACCGGCCUCUGACGUGUGGUCUUUCGGCGUGCUGCUCUACGAGAUAGUCACUUUCGGCUCCUUACCGUUCCAGGGCCUCAGUAACUCCGAAGUUCUAACACGAGUCAAAGGAGGCCACACGCUCGAGUUGCCCCCAGGGCUCAAGCCGCAGCUCGAGGACCUGAUCAAGUCGUGCUGGCAGCAAGAGCACCGCGCGCGGCCGAGCGCGGCGCAGCUGGCGGCGUGCCUGAGCGAGUCGCCGCGGCUGCUGGCGCCGUGCCUCGACGUGCCGCUGGACGCGCUGCCGCUGGACGCCGAGCCGCCGUGGCGCGCGCCGCCCGAGCGCGCGCAGGCCCGCUGGCUCUCGUGGGCCGCGCCCGCGCCCGCGCCCGCCCCCGCGCCCGCCUCCGCGCCCGCCUCCGCGCACACCGACACCACCUACCUGAGCUCCGAGCCGCGCGACACAGACCGCUUCCUGUCCUGA